AUGAUCAGCAUCUACAUCCGAGCAUUGCUGCUUCAUUAUUGGAAACAAGGCUUUUCGGCCGAAAAAGCAGCUAAGGCAAUAUGUGAUGUUGAAGGUGACGAUGCUGUGACCAAGAGCACUGCACACAACUGGUUUGAAAAGUUUAACGAUGGAGAUACUAGCCUUGAGGCCCACGCAAUACCUGGAAGACCGUUAACCAUUAAUAAAGAAGCCAUUCUCAUAGCGGCCAAACAAAAUCCAACGCUUUCUGCUGGUCAAUUAGCAGAGUUGCUUGGCACAUCUAAGGCUACAGUCUUGCGUUGUUUGAAAACUCAGCGAACUCAGGCUGAAAACGGGCAGAAGUUGAUAUAG